AUGAUGACGAUUUGGAAAACAUUGAAUUGGCGUGGAACGAAUUCGUCAGCAACCAUGCAAAGUUGGCAGGAAAAAUACUUCGCCAGAAAUGUGUAUGAAACUUUACGGCUGGAAUGCAAAGCCGCAAAUGAAAGGAAACAAGCUCAAGAGCAGCUCAAAAUAGAGCAAGCAUCCAAAGGAAUUGAUAUAGGGACAAGAGCAUAUAGCCCAACCGAUGAUAUUGCUAAAAGUCUGUUGUUGCAAGCCAUUGAGAAAAGAUCAGAAAAAAUAAGAUCUAUCAUUGAAGAGGCAAAAGAAAACAUGCAUAUUGUCGACGAAGCUGAACUUGAAAGGUAUCAAGACCGGAUAAAAUAUUUAUGGAACUGCGUGGAGAAAAAUAUGGACGAAUUAUCCUAUAAAUACGGCGUAACGUUCAUUAGUAUCGAAGCAGACGAAUUACCGGUUGAAGUGACUGAAAUUGUUCGAAUGAUAAAAAAACAAAAGGAAACUAACUUUAAAAAAGCAGAGGAAAAAUGGGAACUUCCAAAGAUGGAAUUGCAGAAAUUCUCAGCGGAUCCAAAUUUCAACAAACCAAGUCGUAUUGAUGUGGUCAUUGGAGCUGAUUUAUAUCCAAAGAUAAUGAAAGCAGGCAUAAUAAAAGCUGAUGGAUUAUUAGGACAGGCCACAACGCUGGGUUGGAUUGUGUCUGGGAAUAUUGAAAGAUCCAGAAGCAAAGAGACAUUUGUUGUGGCCAUACCAUUUAAAAAGGAGAAAGAACUUGGAGAAUCUAGGAAGACAGCGGUUGCACGACUUAUCAGUAUGGAAAAGAAAUUUGAUGCGAGAGAGGAUCUAAAAGACGAUUACAAAAAGUUCAUGCGUGAAUAUCAAGAGAUGGGACACAUGAAGGAAGUAGAAAAGAUCGGUCAAGGUAAAUAUUACUUGCCCCAUCAAGCAGUAAUUAAAAAGGAAAGCACAGCAACAAAAUUAAGAGUGGUCUUUGACGCAUCUGCAAAAACAACAAAUGGAUACAGUUUGAACGACGUAAUGCUAAUCGGGCCAAGAUUACAAAAAGACAUUGUAGAUAUAAUCGUAAAAUGGCGUAUGUGGCGUUAUGUGAUGAGUGCUGACGUCGAAAAGAUGUAUCGACAAAUAAAAGUCAGAGAGGAAGAUCAAGAAUACCAGUAUAUUAUAUGGAGAGAAAAUCCGCAGGAGAAAAUAAAAGAGUUUAAACUUACAACAGUCACAUAUGGCACAGUAGCAGCACCAUUUUUAGCAGUAAGAACGGUACAUGAGAUUGGGAACAUUUACUGCAAAGACAAUAAAAACGUACAUGAUGUCAUAAAGAACGAUUUUUACAUGGACGAUCUCAUGACAGGAGGUCACACUAUUCAAGACUGUAAAGAAUUACGCGAAAAACUAAUGCAAACUUUACAGUGUGCAGGAUUUCAUUUGAGAAAAUGGUUAUCAAAUAAUCCUGAAAUAAUUGAUGAAUAUACACAAGUGGCAAAUGAAAUUAUUCAAAUCGAAGAAACGGAUUCAGUGAAGACAUUGGGAUUACAAUGGGAACCAAAACGGGAUCUUUUUAAGUUCAAGGCAGCAACACAACUGAUAGAAAAAAUAACCAAACGGACAAUAUUAUCACAAUUGGCCAAAAUAUUUGAUCCACUUGGAUGGCUUGCACCAGUAACAAUUGUAGGCAGAUGCUUUAAGCAAAAACUUUGGUCGGCUGGUGGAUCUUGGGACGAGCCAUUAAACAAAGAGUUAGAAGAAGAGUGGUUGAAAUUCGCUAAACAAUUGGAUGCAUUAGAUGAAAUAACUAUUCCACGCUGGAUCGGUACAAAUAGCAACACCAAGUUGGAAUUGCAUGCAUUUGGAGACGCAUCUGAUAAAGCAUAUGCAGCAGUAAUAUAUGCAAAAGUGGGACAGCAAGUGACACUGUUGCUAGCCAAAAGCAAAGUGAACCCUAUUAAAAAUAGAAAAACAAUACCCAAAUUAGAACUUUGCAGUGCACAUCUACUGGCUAUUAUAUUAAAUAGAGUCAAGAAGACAUUGAAUUUGCAAUGUAAAAUGUACGCAUGGAGUGAUUCAAUGGUUACACUGGCAUGGAUCCAAAAUAAAAACAACAAAGAGAAGUUUAUACGCACUAGAGUAAACUAUAUUAAUGAAAUGAUUCCGGAAGCCGAAUGGAAGUAUGUAAAAUCGAGUUAA